AUGAUUGACUUUGCUAUGUUCGAGUGCGAAAUUGAGCCGACCAAUGCAAAGGAACCUAAGUCGCCUGUCCCGGAAGAGGCCCCCUCUUCACCUGUCAGAGACCAACGUCUCCACUCCAUCCGCAAACAUCUCGAGCAGGUCUACGAAGCCGAUCGCAUUCUUUUGUGGAAGAUGACGCAUUGUACAGCGUAUACCCAGAUGACAGAGAUCAUUGCUGGUUUAAGAUUGGUUCGAAGACUUGAAUGUGCUAUUCAGCAACGAUUAUUCGAAUAUUUACAACUUCCCCACUCGAUUAACUAG